UAUGACGUACAAUGUGAGCGACCGAAAGCCACCUCUUGAACGACACAUGUGGGAUUUUCUUGAUCGGAGCUAAUGAAUUCUAACAAUAAGUGAUCGAAAUCAGUUCAUCUGUCUUUAAACUGUAAAAUCGUGGGGUUUUACCCACGUCUUCCAAAGCAAGAUGGCAAACAGCAGUCUCCAGUUCAAGACCAACUAUGCUGUUUCCAACACUAUCGAACCAUUCUACAAGGGAGGAAAAGUACAAAUCAGUAAAGAUGAGAAAUACAUAUUUUGUACGUGUGGCACACGUGUCAACGUCUUGCAAAUCGUCACAGGGAAGAUUGUUCACAGUAUUGAACAGGAGGAUCAGGAGGACAUUACAUCAUUCGCCCUCAGCCUUGAUGAUGAGAUCCUGGUAACAGCCAGCAAGGCUCUGCUGCUGAAGCAAUGGGACUGGAAGCAGGCCCAGUGCACACGCUCCUGGAGGGCCAUCCACAACGUGCCCAUCGCCAGCAUGACCUUUGACCCCACCUCCACGCUCCUGGCCACAGGAGGCUGUGAUGGCACCAUAAAGCUGUGGGACGUGGUGAAGCAGUACUGUACACACAACCUGAAGGGCUCCUCUGGGGUCGUACACCUGGUGGAGUUCCACCCAGACAUAAGUCUACUGCAGCUCUUCUCCUCGGCGUCAGACUGUGGCAUCAGGGUGUGGGACCUGCGCUCCAGCCAGUGUGUGUGUGUGCUGCAGAGCCACUACAGCCCUGUCACCUCCCUGGCCUUCACCCCCGAUGGAGUCUCCAUGGUCAGCUCUGGCAGGGACAAGAUCUGCACAGUGUGGGAUCUGAAGAGCAGGACCGCCAAGAGGACAGUGCCCGUCUAUGAGGCUGUGGAGAGUGUUGUGCUGCUCCCUGAGGAGGAAGAUUUCUCUGAGAUCGGGGUGAAAACUAAAGAGAUACACUUCAUCACAGCAGGCAGCAAAGGUGUGCUGAGGGUGUGGGAUGCCAGCUCGGCCCGCUGUGUGUUCGCCCAGACGCUCCCCUCCGCCUCCUCCGCGGAGGGCUCAGAGGAAGUGGGAGAGGAGUACGGAGACCCCCGGAGCCUCACCUACUGCCUCCCGCUGCCCUCCUCCCUCAGGCUGGCCACGGUCACAGCAGAACAUAACAUCCUGCUCUACCAGCUGCCCUCCUUCACCACACAGCAACAGUUUGUUGGCUACAAUGAUGAGGUUCUGGAUGUGAAGUUUCUGGGCAAGGGGGACACUCACAUUGUCGUGGCGACCAACAGUUCCCAGCUCAAGGUGUUUGAGCUGGCCACCAGCAGCUGUCAGAUCAUCUACGGACACACAGAUACCGUCCUGUCACUCGACGUGUUCAAGAAAGGUUCCCUGUUUGUGAGCUGUGCGAAGGAUAAGUCAGUGCGUGUGUGGAGACAGGAUCCAGACAGUGGUCAGGUGUGUUGUGUGGCCCAGGGCUCCAGCCAUGCUAACGCUGUGGGCUCCAUCACCUGCUCCAGGAUGAAGGAGUCGUUUGUGGUGUCUGGUAGUCAGGACUGCACCAUCAAGGUGUGGGAUCUCCCAGAUACCAUCCUGGAAACAGACUUUGACAUGUUCCUGCUGACCGCACGGGUCACAGAGAAGGCACACGACAAAGAUGUGAACAGCGUGGCAGUGUCCCCCAACGACAAGCUCUUGGCGUCUGGUUCCCAGGACCGCCUAGCCAAGCUGUGGUCCCUGGGGGCCCCCGGGGCCGACCUGGCCCUGCUGGGGGUGUUCCGGGGCCACCGCCGGGGGGUCUGGUGCGUCCAGUUCUCCCCCAUGGACCAGGUGCUGGCAUCCUCCUCAGCCGACGGCUCCAUCAAGCUCUGGAGCCUCCAGGACUUCAGCUGCCUUAAGACGUUUGAAGGGCACGAUGCCUCUGUGCUGAAGCUCAUCUUUGUGAGCAGAGGGACUCAGCUACUCACAAGUGGGUCAGAUGGGCUGGUCAAGCUGUGGACCAUCAAGACCAACGAGUGUGUGAAGACGCUGGAUGCCCACCAGGACAAGGUGUGGGGUCUCCAUGCCACCAGGAAGGAUGACCGCGUGGUCACUGCCUCGGCCGACUCCAACAUCACUGUGUGGACGGACGUGACAGAGGUGGAGCAGGCAGAGGAGCAGGCUAAGCAGGAAGACCAGAUACUCAAGAAACAGGAGCUGUCUAACCUGCUCCAUGAGAAGAAGUACCUGAAGGCUCUGGGCCUGGCCAUCUCCCUGGACCAGCCACACACUGUGCUCAAAGUCAUCAAAGCGAUCCGCCAGGGGGAGGAUGGUGCUAAGCAGCUGGAGAAGACUGUGCUGAAGCUGCGCCAGGACCAGAAAGAGUCUAUGCUGCGCUUCUGUGCUGUGUGGAACACCAACGCCCGGAGCUGUCUGGACGCCCAGGCUGUGAUCCAGGUGAUGCUCACACACCUCUCCCCUGAAGAGCUGCUCCUGUACCAAGGAGCACGCGCACAUCUGGAGGGACUCAUACCUUACACUGAGAGACACAUGCAGAGGAUAGGCCGUCUCCUGCAGGCCUCCAUGUUCCUGGACUACAUGUGGCAGAAGAUGAGAGUGACAGGAGCUCCAGCCAGUAUGGACUCGCAGGAUGAGGAGAUGGACACCGCCUCUCUUCAGGUGCCGCACCCCCUGUUUAUGAUCGACAAGCGAUCAGGUGAGGGUGGGGAUGGGAGUAGGGAACAGGGGGAUGGUGAGGAGAGAUGGAAUGAGGGAGUGGUGGAGGAGGAUGGUGGUCUCGAGGAAGAUACAAAUUUCCCAGCCAACAUGGAGGAUGAUGAUGAAGUCAGUAUCACCAGGAAAGCCUCAGUCAGCGGACAAAGGGUGGAAAAUGGACAGAACAGAAAAGAAAAUGGCAGCCAUCCCUCUGGCAGUGAGGAGAGCUCAGGAGAUGAGGAAGAGGAGGACCAGGGAGACCAAACAGAGGGUAAGAUGGCCAAGUGUCAGAUCAUCCUGUCUGCAGCAUCCCCUCCACCCCUCCAAGCAAUCACCAGCUGAUGGGAGACUGUCUGACACCAAGCCCACCAAGGAUGCCUGGGUGUGAACCCACAGGAGUCCCCUUUAGCAUGGACCACUGCCUGGAGCAACUGAUAGUGUGGCUUUAUAGACACUGACAGACAGAGAAGCAGGUCCUGAACGACCUUUAAAAUGAACUGGUUUUGAGGUUGAUAUGCCUGGCUGUCAGCAUAGGCCCCUUUCUCGGCAGCCAUUUUGGAAAACCGUGUCAUUUCUCAUAAAUAGUGCCAUGAGUUUUUCUGACCAGGAAAAACUCUGGGCGCUACAUUUACAUUUUUGUCAUUUAGCAGACGCUCUUAUCCAGAGCGACUUACAGUUAGUGAGUGCAUACAUAUUUUUUUUUCAUACUGGCCCCCCAUGGGCUAGUUGAAGCCUGCUUCUCGUACCUAGUUGAAGCCUACUACUGGUACCUAGUUGAAGCCUGCUACUGGUACCUAGUUGAAGCGUACUACUGGUACCUAGUUGAAGCCUGCUAGUGGUACCUAGUUGAAGCCUGCUACUGGUACUUAGUUGAAGCGUGCUACUGGUACCUAGUGGAAGCCUGCUACUGGUACCUAGUGGAAGCCUGCUACUGGUACCUAGUGGAAGCCUGCUACUAGUGGUCAGAAAUUGUCGAGGCUCUACCCGUGACUUCCUCCCCACUCUUCUCUACAGAAACCAGCACUCGUUAAUUUUUAUAUUUGUACAUUGUUGUGCAGUCCUGCUCUUCCACAUAAACAACAACAAAAGCCUCCUUUAAGUAACAAUAUAUUUUGUUUGUCAUGAUGAUUACAAAUGCAUCUGGAUUAAAAUGUGCCUUGUGGAAAUAAUUA